CGAUCGCCAAGCAGCGACGGCGUAAACUGACUCCACGCUGGGGCUGUGCCCGCGGCGAACGGCCGGCUCCGAGCUGGGACUGUGCCUGCGGCCAACGGGCGGCUCCGCGCUGAGGCCCUGCCGGCGGCGAAUGUUCGGCUCUGCGCCGUGGCCGUGGCCUUGCCCGUGGUGAACGACCGCUGGCUCCGCGCUGGUGUCCUGCCCGCCGUGAAUGACCGGCUCUGAGCUCGGUCCGUGCUAGCGGCGAUUGACCAGUUUCGCCCUGGGCCUUUGCCCGCGGGGAACGGCGAUCUCCGCGAUGUGACCGCUCUGACAGAGGAACAGUCAAAGCAUUCAAUUCAUCUGGCUCCACCUGGUGGAGCAAGCGACGGCUCCGCGCUGGGGACGUGCGAGAGGCGGCUCCGCGGUGGGGACGCCCGGCGAUGCGUGUCAGGCGGCGCUCACAGAGCUGCUGCAGCCUCGGCGGGGACGGCGGCUCCGCUCCAGUCGCCCAUGCAGAGGCAGAAUGAGGCGGGCGCUAGCGGCCGUGUUGUGCUCGGGGCUCCUGGCCUCUGUCUUCGGAGCGUUCCCCAGCAGUCUGCAGAUCGGCGCGCUCUUCCCCAAGCAGCACUCUCAGGAAUAUUCCGCUUUCCGAUUUGGACUCUCCUUCUACAACACGGACACGCUGUACAAACUCAUCACCCAAAUAGAGAGUGUGGAUAUCGGCAACAGCUUCGCCGUUACCAACGCCUAAAUCUGAUGGCAGAGGGAAGAAGCUGUUCCCGAAACACUGAGUUCUGCUCACUGUUUGCCCGUGGAGUCUACGCCAUCUUCGGCUUCUACGACAGGAAGACGGUAAACACACUCAGCUCGUUCUGUGGAGCUCUGCACCUCUCGUUCAUCACCCCCAGCUUUCCUGUCGACACCUCCAACCAAUUUGUGAUCCAGAUGAGACCAGACAUCCAGAAUGCUUUGCUCAGUCUCAUUGAACACUACAAGUGGCAGAAGUUUGUGUACAUUUACGAUGCAGACCGAGGUCUGUCAGUGUUACAGAAAGUGCUGGACACGGCAGCAGAGAGAAACUGGCAGGUUACGGCCGUCAGCAUGGAGACCACCACAGAGGAGGGUUUCCGGAUGCUCUUCAGGGACCUGGACAAGGGGAAGGAUCGACACGUGGUCGUCGACUGCGAGGCCGAAAGGCUCAACGCCGUGAUGAACAAGAUCAUCAACAUAGGGAAACACAUUCGGGGAUAUCAGUACAUCUUCGCCACUCUGGGGUUCCUGGACAUGGACCUGGCAAUGUUUCGGUAUGCAGGGGCCAACGUCACUGGCUUCCACAUGGUGUGGCCACACAGCGAGAUGGUCGACAAGUUCCUGCAGCGCUGGAGGAGGCUUGACAACAAGGAGUAUCAGGGUGUGGACCGGGAACGUCUCAAGUACACAUCAGCCAUGACCUUGGACGGAGUCCUGGUCUUGUCCGAAGCCUUCAAGUAUCUUCGCAAGACUCGGAUUGACAUCGCGCGCAGAGGAAAUGCCGGAGAUUGCCUGGCGAACCCAGCUGUUCCCUGGGGCCAAGGGAUCGACAUCCAGCGAGCUUUGCAGCAGGUUCGUAGUGAGGGUCUGACUGGAAACAUCCAGUUUGAUGAAUUUGGCCAUCGAACAAACUACACCGUCAGUGUGCUAGAGCUGAAGACUGAUGGGAUGAGGAAGAUCGGUUAUUGGAAUGAAGAUGACAAAUUUGUGGCAACCACGGGUGAUCUUCACGUCAGCAAUGACACGAGUGGCAUCCAGAACCAAACCUACAUCGUCACCACCAUACUAGAGCCCCCGUACGUGAUGUUGAAGAAGAACCAGGAGCAGCUGGAGGGGAAUGAUAAGUAUGAGGGUUACUGCGUAGAGCUGGCAGCAGAGAUCGCCAAACACGUGGGCUUCAAGUACAAAUUGGCCAUCGUGGCAGAUGGGAAGUACGGAGCACGGGAUCCCGAGAGCAAAGUGUGGAAUGGGAUGGUUGGGGAGCUAGUGUACUCGAAAGCUGACAUUGCAGUGGCCCCAUUAACCAUCACCUUGGUACGUGAGGAGGUUAUCGACUUCUCCAAGCCUUUCAUGAGUCUGGGCAUCUCCAUUAUGAUUAAAAAGCCACAGAAGUCCAAGCCUGGAGUCUUCUCCUUCCUGGACCCGCUGGCGUACGAGAUCUGGAUGUGCAUCGUGUUUGCCUACAUAGGCGUGAGUGUGGUGCUGUUCCUGGUCAGUAGAUUCAGCCCCUAUGAGUGGCAGACGGAGGAGUACGAGGAAGGACCCGACACACAAAGCCUUGAGCAGACCAAUGAGUUUGGGAUAUUUAACAGUCUCUGGUUCUCGCUGGGUGCCUUCAUGCAGCAAGGAUGUGAUAUUUCACCAAGGUCUCUGUCAGGUCGGAUCGUUGGUGGAGUUUGGUGGUUCUUCACUCUGAUCAUCAUCUCCUCUUACACGGCAAACCUAGCUGCCUUCCUCACCGUCGAGAGGAUGGUGUCGCCCAUUGAGAGCGCUGAAGACCUGGCAAAACAGACGGAGAUCGCCUACGGAACCCUGGAUGCUGGAUCAACCAAGGAGUUCUUCAGGAGAUCCAAGAUUGCUGUCUUUGAGAAGAUGUGGGCGUAUAUGAAGUCCGCUGAGCCCUCAGUCUUUGUAAAGACCACAGAGGAAGGAGUAACGCGAGUGCGGAAGUCAAAAGGGAAAUAUGCCUACCUGUUGGAGUCAACCAUGAAUGAGUACAUUGAGCAGAGGAAGCCAUGUGACACCAUGAAGGUGGGAGGGAACCUAGACUCCAAGGGCUACGGAGUCGCCACACCCAAAGGAUCUCCCCUAAGAAACCCAGUAAACCUGGCAGUUCUUAAACUCAACGAACAGGGACUGUUGGACAAAUUGAAAAACAAAUGGUGGUACGACAAGGGAGAAUGUGGCAGUGGCGGCGGUGACGCGAAGGACAAGACAAGUGCCCUGAGUCUCAGCAACGUGGCAGGAGUUUUCUACAUCCUGAUUGGCGGACUGGGCCUGGCGAUGCUCGUUGCUCUGGUGGAAUUCUGUUACAAGUCCAGGACUGAAGCAGCAAGAAUGAAGCUCUCGAUAAGCGCAGCCAUGAGAGCGUCGGACCGGGUUCCAGCGCUGGGAGGAACAGGUGAAAAUGGCCGAAUUGUGACCCACGAUUACACCAAGACUGCCCAUACCCUGCCCCGCAUGAGUCACUCGAGCGGUGCCAGUCUCGGUGCGACUGGGAUCUCGUAACGCAGUGAUGCAGACAAGCCCAGCACAACUCAGAGAACUAGUCAAACUCGUCAAAGGAACUUUUGAUAACUAACUUCAUCCUGGGAAAUGUGCAAGUUGUUGCAAAAUAUUGUAAAGCUGCAAUAAUGAGGAGACAGGGCGAAAGCAAAGUCUCUGGAUGGAGGUACUCAGCGUGGGACGGAAGGGUGUCUGUUCAUUGUGCUUGGGUCUUACCGCUCGGCAGGUGUUUAGUAUUUCUGAUAGGAAACUCUCUCACUCCAUGCUGCCUCCCACUGGGCCCAUCACAGCCUUGUCACCCACCUUCUUCUCAAGGACUCUGACAUUGCCCGUGGGACAUCUACACGGCCAAAGCAAAGAGGCAGAUUUGGUGGUAAGCUCCAGACAGGGGCCAUUGUGCGAUGGAGUACCUACAGAGAGGGGCACGGGGGAAACUCCCCCAUCGCCAGAAACUCAAGAAAAUACAAACCCUGCCUUUGAAAUAUUAAACACGGUUUCUACGGUCAUUGUUUCUUUCAAGUAACUUCUGAUGCUGAUUUCCGAUCAGCAUAAAGAGGCAAAAACAUGUUUUAAGUUUCUAUCAGAGGUAAUGACACAAUAUUCUGUUGCCCUGUGCGGGAACCCGUUAGAUAUUUGCUCUUCGCUGUUACAUGCUGUGUAUCGUGUAUGCAUCGGCCUCUUCAGCUUAUCAUUGUUGGUGCUUGUUUCCGUAAUUCUAGAGCCUCAUUGAAUAGUUAAUCAUCUGUUCACAAACCCAGGGACCCAAGCUGGACAACAGUCAUCAAGUACUGGAUGCCCUCAGCUGCACUCAGGAGUGGGUUAAAACCGUUUUAUAUAAUUGUUUGUACAAGAACAUUAAACUAAAUAUACAUUA